AUGUCGGCUGAAACUCCUGCGCAUUAUGAAGAUCACAAGGUUUUGUUAGAGUUAGAGCUUGUCAUUGAUGAGCUUGCCGAGCAUGAAAAGCACAGAAUCGAUGUGACAGCACUCAAGGGACUCGGCAUUGAUCACCAGCGCAUGACCCUCGACAGAAAAGACCCAGCCAGCCAGCCUUCCUUUUUCGCGUCAUAUCCCAGCAUCCAGGAGCCCAGUAAUGAGAUCAUUGAUGAACUCCGUUCAACGUUGGCAUUUGAAGACACCUAUUUUUGGAGUCCUAUUUCGACGGUCAAGCACGCGUCAUACAGUGGUAUCUCAGCUCGCCGGUAG